ACCUCCCAUAGCUGGCUGUGACUGUGUCUUCAGGGCCGGGGCUCUUCAAGACUACAGGGAGAAAGAGAAAGAAUAUUAUAGGUCAGGAGUUGUGAAGGAUCCUGCCUUAUAUAUUCCCAGCCUCACAAUGGCUUCUAAUGCUGACCUGUAAAAAACAGGGAAGGGCAAAUCUAUACUAAAACCAUACCGGUUUAAACUAAGGAAUUUCCAAGGUGACCAUCAUCAUCGUCAUCAGCAUCAUCAUCAUCGUUAUCGUCAUUACCAGGAUGGUCUUCCUGAGAAGAAGAGGAGGAAGAAGUGAUACUUUAUUGUUUAAGAUGAUGAGCAGUGAUGUCACCUCUCAGGCUGCAAACUUUAUGUUGGGGAAUUUUCAUGAACUCCUCCUACACACAGGCAGGUCUUAUUUAUUAAAUCCCUGCUUCAGAACAACUCAGCAGCUCCUCUGUCUGAGUAGCUUCACCAGUUUCUUUAACUCAGCUUAAAAAAAAAGACAUGAUGGCAUCACCAGAUGGAUUUCCAGCCAGUUUCUAUGGAGAACCAGGAGUGUUGGGCAUGUUAUCCAAUGGGAUCAGUGCAUUCCUCGUUCUUCUGCAGAACUUCCACACAGCACACACUGGUUCUGCACCAGCCGGGGUGGCGAACAUCCUAGCAGGUGUUCAUCUCAUCCUGAUUGGUGGUGUAUGCCAACUGUUUGCAGGAAUGCUGUCCUUUAGAAAAUACGAUCAUCUGAGUGGCACUGCCUUUAUUGGCUACGCUGCACUUUGGGGCAGUUAUGGUGCUACAAGAAUCUACUUUGGUGCCUCAUCUGAAGCUCCAACAAUAGUCCCUUUGCCAGCUCAAAUAAUGAACAAUUUGUCCAUGUCCACUAACAUGACAGGCAACACGUCUCUGGAGAUCCCAGUUUGCCAUGUAUGCCUGUCUAUAAAAGAGACAGCCAUUGCUGGUCUGAUCCCCUACAUCCUUCUGUCCUUUCUCCUCGCCUUCUGCUCUGCCACAGUCAACUACAUCAUGCCUUUUGUUUUCGGGGCCAUCACAGCCACCUUAGUCUUCGAAGCAGUGGGUCUGGUAGCGAGCUCCUGGGCUCUCGUGGUCUCUGGGAUUCUGGAGUUGCUCAUUCUGAUUUUUGCCAUCUAUGGCUCAGCAGCCCUUCUCAGCAAAGGUCUGACUCAACGUCUAGUCCUCAAAGGCUUCGGUACCCCUCUCUUUAAUGUUCUCCUGCUGGGGACCACCAACUCAGGCAGCGCCCAGAGAAUAGGCCAAGAGAAGAAGAAAAACACAAAAUACGCCGAGCCUAUGGCCGUGGGUUUUUUCUGUGACACUGUUGCCCCCUUCAUCUUUGCUUUCUAUAGCUUUGGGUACAUAAAGUCUUUUGGUGUUGGAGUGGCAUGGGUCUCAAUCAUCACAGUUGCCCAGCUGUUCUCCAGCUACUACGCCCAUCUGCGCCAAGACUGCUAUCACACCACUAAGUUUGGUCUUCAUGCCACAUAUUGGCUGAUCAAGGCUUGGGGUGAGUUUGUGGUAUCUGCUCUGGUUUUGGAGGAUGGAAAAGUGGCCUCAGCGAGGGAAGCAAUGGUGGGGAAUUGGUUCUUUGUGAUGGCAGGUGUGGUGAUCUGCAUAGGAAGCCUCAACACAGACGUCCUGGAGCUGAUCCACAACAUGCUGUUUGUCCUGCUCACGCUCUCAACAAUCCCCCAGAUUCCUCUCCAGGGAUACUACAUCUUCUUCGGUGUAGCCUGCUCCCUGUUCACCGCAGCCUCCCUGUAUGGGACCUUCUCGCGUCUCAUAAACACCAUAGCAGAGAAAUCUCUGAUCCCUGUUGGACCCCAGCCCAUAUCAUCUGAGAUGUUGAUGAAGGCUUUCAGGUGCUGCAGGGCCAAUCAGGGAGACCAGGAGAUGCUGCCCCAAACGGACCAGGGAUCAGACGCCCUGUUCUACAUUUCUAAUGGGGUUGCUGCUCUCUCAGCUCUUCAUGCACGUUCAUCCAGUAUGAAUCCUACCUUUCUUCAUCUGACUGUCCCCUGGGUCCUCAUCUCUGGAUCCAUCAUCCAGGGCUAUGUCAGCCGGCUGCAGGUCACAGGAGGGGGUCGUUUUGGUUCAGUCAUUCCAACCAUCUAUGUAGCAGUAUGGGCCACCUGGACUUGGUUUAGGUUUUCAGGCAUCCUGCUUCAGCUCUCCCCAGAGGCAGCAUACGGUUUCACAGCAGGAGCCAUUGCUCUCCUAGUCAUCAACGCUUUCCUUAUGCUCAUUGCUGCCUAUAGGAACCUGGUUUUGCUGUUUCUAACAGCAGUCAUGGAGGUUGUUCUGGUCUGUUUCCUGCUUUCCACUCUGCAGCGACUUCCAUAUGAUUUUGAAAUUGCCAUGCUUGCAAUUUUUUCAAUAAUUUGUAUAUACGGGGCUCUGGCGUCACUGGUCAACUGCAUCUUCUCACAUAGACUGCUGCCUAUGGGCCCUCCCUUAAUAAAGGAGAAAGUGAGGCAGGAGUCUGUUCCAGAGCUUCCCUGUCCUGUUGCUUAUUCACGAGUCACCAGCGGCCUCAUGAAGAUCGCUGGCCUUCUGGAAGAAGGACAAGUGUGUGGUAUUCCAACAGACACUGUGUAUGCCCUAGCUGCCUCCUGCAAGAAUCCCCAAGCUAUUGAGAAAAUCUACAAUAUUAAAGACAGACCAGCAGAGAAGCCCAUCUGCAUUUGUAUCUCUAAUGUGGAGCAGCUGGUGGCAGCCAAGCCUCCCUUCAGCCCCCUGCUCUGGGAGUUUAUGAGGAACGUGUAUCCAGGAGGCAUCAGCUGCAUCGUCAGCAAAGGAGACUGGCUCUUCAAACUAGGAGUUGGACCAGCUUAUGACCGUGUUGGCACUAAAGAAAGCAUCAUGAUCCGCGUCCCUGACCACACAGUGACCGGCCACCUAUGUGAUAUCACUGGACCCCUUGCUAUAACAUCAGCCAAUCCCAGCGGAGAGCCGGACAGCACCCACCACACCAUGGUCAUCAAUCGACUGGGACACAAGAUCCAAGGGGUUCUGUGUGACGGGGACUCAAAUGAAGUUGUUGCUUCCACUGUGGUAAACUGCCUCAAAAUUGAUGAAGGGACCAUCACCAUUGUGAGGGAAGGUUGUGUCCCUGCCGUCAAAGUCCGUCAGAUCUUCGACCGAGUGAAAAACAAUAUGUUGUGAUUGUCUUGCACUUCAUUUCUCCUCUUCAUGACUGAUACCCCAUAAGAUUGGCUUGACUAGCUCCCCUAUUUCCCUUCUACAAUCUCAGGGAGACUUUAUAAAUAACAAAAAGUGUGUGUGUGUGUGUGUGUGUGUGUGUGUGUGUGUGUGUGUGUGUGUGUGUGUGUGUGUGUGUGUGUGUGUGUGUGUGUGUGUGUGUGUGUGUGUGUGUGUGUGUGUGUGUGUGUGUGUGUGCAAAAGUUACAUUAAAAUAACCAUGAUAAUUAUGUAAAUAUGUUUAUACAUUUAAAUUAUGAAUUAUUUUGGCAUGCAUGUUAUCACCUUAGUUAAUAUUUACAGUGGAAUAGAAAAAUGACCAGCUACUGUAUUUACCAUCUUUUAAGAUCAGACGUUAAAAAAGGUCUUAACAUCUGAUCUGAGGUGAACUUUUUGUUGUUGGGUUUAAUUUAAGAUGUGUGCCAUUUUUAAAAGCACUUUGAGUUGCACCUGCUGUAUGAAAAAUGCUAUAACUAAAGUUUUAUUAUGUAUCUAAGCUAACAAACAAUGAAUGGGACUGAAGUUGUAGAAUGUUUGUGUCCGUAAAUAAUAAAAAAACAAAUA